AUGUGGGAUCCCGCGACGAAUCCAAAUGCUGGAUCCAAGAUUGCCAACUUUUCUUCUUCAGCCAUGGUCGUCAGAGAUAUGGUGGAAUUUGUCGAGCGCCAUGGCGAGUGGAGAGAAAAGCAGGCUAUCGAUUCGCUGCAGAAAGUCGCUCUCAAAUGGAACAAAGGUGAAGAACCUGUUUCGCUCUUCGGCGCCUCCUACGGCACUGUGCUAGGAGCGCUCCUCGCCGCCAUGCAGCCAAACAGAGUGAAUAGACUCUUGUUGGACGGGGUCGUUGACUCUGAGGCGUGGUUCAAGGGGAACCCCACCGUCAGUUCUUUGACCGCCGACGAUCCAGUCCAUAAGUUCUCCGAAUAUUGUGCCCUGGCAGGUCCUGAAAAUUGCUCGAUGUGGGCCGGAAAUUCUUCUCGCGACACCGAGCGACGAUGGGAGAACAUAGUGCUGGACUUGGAAAAAAACGGUCCACGUCCGGAUCCCAUCAACCCUGGGAAGACGAUCGAUGCCUCUAACGUGAGAGCCAUGAUGGCACGCCUCAAUAGUCGCCCACUGCUCAAGUGGCCAGCAGUUGCCGAGGUGUUGAGUCGAUUGCCCACAGGCAAUGCCCCUCUUGGAACAAACGAAAGUUUUGCCGGAAAAGGCGACGGAGGCCGGAACAGCACUCAAGGAACAAGGAUCCCGCUCGAUGCUGAUAUGUCGAAUGACAACGUUGAUGUCCAAGCCUCUCGGGGUAUGACCUACUUCAACUGGCCCAUCCAAUUCGGCUGGCGUUUUGGUGACAAGCAUGCGGUUGCCUCAAACGUCACAGCCAAUCCCAUACUGUUCAGUAGCAACCUCGUCGAUGGUGUCACUGGUUUACCAGCCGCACAAACAAUGCAAAGUCGUUUCAAGGGAUCUGGUCUCCUGAUCACGGACGGAGAGGGCCACACUGGUCGGGCAGAAUCGAGCCUCUGCUAUGCCAAAACGGUCCGACGUUACUUCCAGAAAGGAGAGCUUCCGGAUACUUCGAAACAUUGUCUGCCUCUGCGUCGACCAUUCAUGGGAAAGAAGGGACCGAAUGUUGAGGUGAUCGACCGCACAACUUGGACGAAGGAGGACAAGAUGCUAUUCCGCGCAAUCGACGCCCCGUGCCCAUGGGAGAGCUAUUGCGAUUGA